AUGAAGCUCUCCGCCAGCCUCUUCUGGUGUCUGGUUGCCGGCGCAGUCGCCGCGCCGGCACUGGCACCGUCCAACACACUCGACAAGCGCGAAACAGCUACGACGGCCGAAGGAUGGCCAUUACCUCAUUACGAGUGGACUUGCCUGUGCCGGCGCAAAGUCCUCGCACCAGAGAUCAAGAUGUGCACAGACGUGAAGUGUGAGAGUGUUGGAGUUGACAUGGGAGGCGUCCGGGGACUCGAAAUGCAUGCAUGCACGAACCCAGACCCACCUCCGAGGGAUCCAAACAACCUGUACAACCCCUUCGAAGAGAAGGGGUGGAGGGACCACCUCAAGAACAAGGAUGGGUUCCUCCUGGAUAAGUUCGGGGGCAGACAACAUUCAUAG